AAAGCAUAUUUACAUAUCUGUGAAAUACAAGCAUUAUCUUGGUAGUAAUUAGUCUGUACAAAAUACAACUUUCGAAAUUAAAAUUUUCGCUCCAUAAUCCAUUUACAAAAACUAUCAUACAAUUUAUACAUGUAUUAAGGCUUGACCACAAUCUUGAAACUUAUUUAAUUUCGACAACGAGGAACGGCAUUACAGAAACAUUACAAUGACGACGAGAUCUAAGAAGAAAGUUGGGCCUAUUCAACCUUCUGUAAUUACAAAAAGCCGUAUAGAAAAUUCUUGGGUUAUGUUGAUAAAAGAUACGCUCUUUAAAAAUAAUAGCUUUAGGAUAAUAACUUUACCUCACCCGGCACACAGCUCGCCUUCAAAGUACGUUUUAGAUAAGUCGAAUAAAAAGAUGUAUGAAGUAGUGACAUUCAGUGAACCAUUUAGAUCCUUCUUCAUAGGAGAAACCGUGAAAUCUGAUGGAAGUAUAAUGUUAGUGACUCCUGUUAACCCCAUAUUUUUAGUGCUUCCUAGACUACGUGGGCAUUGUACAAGCCGGGCCAUGCCUUUGGAAGAUUUAUUAUCUGAAAAAGGCUUUCAUGAAAUUCUAGAGUUUAUUGGAGACUUGGAAUGUGUUGCAGACUUAAAAGGUUCUCCUGAACUCAAAGCCUAUAAGUACAGUGAAGUUAAAACCAUAGAAUGGCUGGAAAGUAAAGUGCGAAAAUUAGCAACACUAUUAAGAAACAAAAACAUACAUGUCACUUCUGGAUCAAGUUCGGCAACAUUUGUCUCUAGUACACUGAAUAAUGACUCAAUUAACGAAGAAUUUUACCUGAAGUAUGCUCAUGGAAUUAUUUCGGAAUAUCUAGAAGAUGACUUAGUUGAAUUGUUGGAAAAUAAAUUUGCAUUCAAAUCAGAACUCAUAGAAUCUGUUGGAAAACGUAAAUCUGAUGCCAGUGAGUUAUUAGAAGCCAAUAAAAGAGUUAAAUGUGAAAUUAAUGAAGAUAAUGAAAUUAUGGAUACGAGUUUUAGUUCAAAUGUGGUAAAGAAACAGAAACCCUUAACAGCCAAAGAAAAGGCAAGACAAAAAGCAGCAAGUGGUACAAAGACAAUAUCAUCAUUUUUUACAAAAAAAUAAAUAUUUUAUUAUUAAAUGAAUUGUAAAUUA